CACAAACAUUGCUCGUCCACUUCCCACAUUCUUAAAGCAGCAGGUGCUCUUUGUUGAAUACAUUUGUGUAUAAAUAGGCCUGUUAGGUAUUAUUAUUGAAGUGUGCAUCAGAGCUGUUACAAUCAAAGGUAUACUUCAUCAGAUGGAUUCUGCUAGGAGUUCCAGUGGAUCAAAGUAUGAGUGCUUGCUCUUCGACAUGGAUGAUACCCUGUACCCUCUGAGCACAGGCAUCAACUUAGCUUGCCGCAAGAACAUCGAAGAUUAUAUGUUGAAGAACCUGAACAUAGAAAAAAGUGAAGUACCAAGGAUGUGCUUGGAAUUGUACAGGGAAUUCGGAACCACGAUGGCCGGCCUUAAGGCUCUUGGUUAUGAAUUCGACAACGAUGAGUUUCACGACUAUGUUCAUGGAACACUGCCAUAUGAUUUUCUGAGUCCUGAUCCAGUUUUGAGGAACCUCUUACUCUCCAUGCCACAAACAAAAAUAAUCUUCACUAAUGCUGAUAAGGCACAUGUGGCUCAAGUUCUGACGCGGUUGGGCUUGGAGGAUUGCUUUGAAGGUGUCAUAUGCUUUGAAACUCUUAACCCUCCUCUUGAAGCAGCUGAUGAACCAGACCCGGAUGAUGCUGACCCUGACAGUUGCACCUCCAAGCCGCGGAUCAUCUGCAAACCAUCUCUGGAAGCCAUUGAAGCAGCUAUCAGGAUAGCAAAUGUUGAGCCAGAGAAAACAAUUUUCUUUGAUGACAGCACCCGCAACAUUGCGAGCGGCAAAGCAGCAGGACUACACACAGUUAUUGUGGGGAGCUCAGUAUUAGUCCCAGGUGCAGACCAUGCCUCGAACAGUAUUCACAAUAUCAAAGAAGCAAUACCAGAAAUAUGGGAAGGCACACAAGGAGAACAGCUUGAGCAAGUCAUCCAAUCCACUGCAAUUGCAACAGUGAUCCUUGCAUGAAUUUCCUGAGUGGAUUGGAUUGAUGUCGCCUUCUCUCGCAAAGUUUCUGGUUUUGGGGGGGCAGGUUGGACUUUAAAUUAAGCAGAUUUCAAAUCUUCAAGCUAAGAACAUCAAGAUAACAGAAACUCACCAUUCUCAUAUUGUAUCCACAGCUAUCUUUGUUUACACUUAAUACUUACAUAUGGCAAUCCGACCUGCUUGUUUCUUGUAUUCAAGCUUAUU